AUGUGGGGGCACUGGCAAGCAGUCCUUUUGGCCAAUAUUCUCAAACAAGCAGCCAAACUAAGGGUAAACAGCGACGACCCGUUGUGCAGCUGCCACCCAGCCUCAAAGAAACCAACCACCGAGUCCCUCUGGCUCACUCUGUACGACGCCAAACAAAAGUACACUCUCCAGCUCCAUGGCGAAGACACCGAACUCGACGUGACCUUCGACAUCAUAACAGGCACCAUGAUCCUCAAACAGAAGAUCCGUCUGUCCGGGAUCUGGCCGCGAGUGCAACAGAAGACAGUCAUGUACGCCAACCGGGCGAACAGCAUCUUCGUUAACCUUCAGGGAUCGUCCGACAAUUCGAUUUUGCUUACUUUCAAGAUGCUAUCCCCGCUGCCACCACCAUCAUCUUCUUCAGACGACGGAGACGAUGGAUCUGAAAACGAGAGAACCAAGCAGAAACCAGAAAAGAAGUUUGCGGAGCACACCCCCCGGAUCUGGCGACAAGUGAGCGGAUUCUUUCCAGAUCUGAUAGACGAAGGACCGCUCUUCGAGGAGCUCCUUGAGAACUGCUCCCGCGAGAAGCUACUCCGAUUGCACAUCCCUGAUGCCCGGCAUAACGACUGGAAAACAAUUGCAUUGAUCUUGCUCACAUACCGCAAGAUUGAUCUACCGACCUGGCAUAGGCUCGUGACCAGCGAGAAACUCACAGAGAUUGCGGGGUUGAAUUGGAGGCUUGUUGAAAAGAAGACCGAUUCAGAAGCACAGAAUCUGCGCAGACAGAAGGCUAUGGAUAUGAAGACUGCGGCUCAGGAGGCGAAGAUGACCAGGGCCUCUUUCGUCCAGAGCCAUAUUGCGAAUAUUGGCGGAGGCGCACGUUGGGAUGGUGAUAAAGGGGCAGAGAGCUUAAAUGAAUUUACUACGCUCUCGCAUACAUUGAGUCCGCAUAAUGGGUUUGGGGGUGGGGAUGGGAAUCUUGCGGGUCUUGACAUUGGUGGUGAGACAUGA